GCCGCCAGCUGUUAUAGGUUUGUAUUCAGUUUAUUCUUGACUAACUUCGUGAUUCUCUCAGUAUAGAACAGGUCAAUACAAUAAUAUCUAAAGCUGAUAGUCUAUCUGGUGAUACGAGGUCUGACAUAACUCAGUAACUGGAUUAUUCGCAAAGUUAAAAACUUGAAGAUGAGCGAACAGGAUUUACAAGCUCUCUCUGGAUAUCUGGAGCAAACUUUGUCUCCAGAGGCAGGAAUUCGAAAACAAGCCGAGAAAUUUUUGGAAAGUGUGGAGGGAAAUUCUGGUUACGCUUUGAUGUUAUUGAAGUUGGUUGAAGCAGUAAUUGGCCAACAAACAAAAAAUGCUGUCAUACCACUUGCUUCAGCAGUCACAUUCAAAAACUUUGUCAAGAGAAACUGGCGAAAGAUUCCUGAUGAACCAUCUAAAAUAUCUGAGGCAGAUCGAAACACAAUUAAACAACAUGUUGUGGAUCUUAUGCUCAGAAGUCCAGAACAAUAUCAGAAACAACUUAGUGAAGCCAUCAGCAUUAUAGGACGAGAGGACUUUCCUCAUGAGUGGCCUACAUUGAUGCAAGAAAUGAUAACUAAAUUUCAAUCUGGUGAUUUCCAUAUUAUAAAUGGAGUUUUACAAACUGCACAUUCAUUGUUCAAAAGAUAUCGGCACGAAUUUCGUUCUGAUAAGCUAUGGACUGAAAUUAAAAUAGUCUUGGAUGCAUUCGCUGCUCCAUUAACUGAGCUGUUUCUCAACACAGUGAAGCUGUUGGAACAACAUGCAGCCAAUAAGGAUGCUGCUAAGGUUUUAUUCAGUUCCCUGGUUCUCAUCUCUAAGAUCUUCUACAGCUUGAAUUACCAGGAUCUGCCAGAAUUUUUUGAAGAUAACAUGGACAAAUGGAUGCCGCAGUUUCACAUGCUUUUAACAACCGAUAACAAAUUAUUACACACAGGGGAUGAUGAAGAAGCAGGUUAUGUUGAACUUCUCAAGUCACAAAUAUGUGACAACGUUGCUCUCUAUGCUCAAAAAUAUGAUGAAGAAUUUACAAAGUUUCUUCCUCAAUUUGUAACAGCCAUUUGGGAACUUCUUGUUAACACUGGAAUGCAAGUGAAGUAUGACUUGUUAACUUCAAAUGCCAUCGGAUUUUUAACGAGUGUCAGUGAGAAACAACAAUACAAAUCAUUAUUUGAAGCUGACGGUGUGUUGGCAUCAAUUUGCGAGAAGGUUGUUGUACCUAACAUGGAAUUCCGAACAGCAGAUGAAGAACAAUUUGAAGACAAUCCAGAGGAAUAUAUCAGGAGAGAUUUAGAAGGAUCUGAUGUUCAUACACGACGAAGAGCUUCUUGUGACUUAGUUCGAGGAUUAACAAAACAUUUUGAAGCUCCAGUGACUCAGAUAUUCUCACAAUAUGUGGCAACAAUGCUUGAGCUUCAUGCAAAAGAUCGUGCGAAUAAUUGGAAAAGUAAGGACGCAGCAAUUUAUCUUGUUACGUCACUUGCUCAAAAAGGUUCAACAUCAAAACAUGGAACAACAAAAGCAAGUGAACUGGUCAAUUUGCAGGAUUUUUUCGAUAGUCAUAUUCUGACAGAACUGGCUUCAGCUAAUAUUAGUGAGUUUCCAGUACUCAAGUCUGAUUCUAUCAAAUACAUUGUGACGUUUCGUCAACAAAUGGGAAAGGAGAGACUUAUGAAAGCAUUGCCGUUACUUGUCCAACAUUUGCCAUCGACUAGCAUUGUUGUACACACAUACGCAGCUCAUGCUAUUGAAAGAUUCUUAACUAUAAAAGCUCAGGGAAAUGUACCUUUAAUCUCGAAGACCGAGAUUCAGCCCUUGCUUGAAAAUCUACUCGCAAACUUGUUCCAAGCACUUCGAAUCCCUGGAUCAACUGAGAAUGAGUAUGUCAUGAAGGCGGCUAUGAGGACAUUUUCAUUGGCAGGGGAGCUUGUCUGUCCUUAUAUACCGACUAUAGUGAAUGAAUUAUGCCAGAAACUCCUACAGUCUAGCAAGAAUCCUAGCAAGCCGCAUUUCAACCAUUAUCUGUUCGAAGCACUAUCAAUCUGUAUAAAAGUAUCAUGUCAACAAGAUAAAUCUGCUGUUGCAAGUUUUGAACAAGCAUUAUUCGAAAUGUUCACUGACAUAUUACAACGUGACGUGACUGAGUUUAUUCCUUAUGUUUUUCAAAUCAUGUCGAUGCUGCUGGAGAUUAGAGAGCCUCCUAUCCCAGAAACUUACAUGGCUCUCUUCCCUCAUUUACUAAAUCCUGAUCUGUGGGAUAGACCAGGGAACAUACCACCAUUGGUUCGAUUGUUGCAAGCUUAUAUCGAAAAGGGCCCAGACUCCAUUGCUGCCUCCGGAAAGUUAUCUCCACUAUUAGGAGUCUUUCAAAAAAUGAUUGCUUCAAAAACCAAUGAUCAUCAAGGAUUCUAUUUGUUGAACAGCAUGUAUGAGUACAUCAAACCGGAAGCACUAGAGCAAUACACGAAGCAAAUUUUUUCUCUCUUGUUUCAACGAUUAAUGAAAUCAAAAACUGUUAAAUUCACUCGAGGCUUAAUAGUUUAUUUUUGUCUGUAUAUGAUCAAGUUGUCUCCAGAUGCUUUUCAAAAGGUUAUAGACUCGAUACAGCCCAAUAUGUUUGCGAUGGUUUUGGAGAAGCUACUUAUAGCAGAUGUACAGAAAGUAUCUGGCACCACCGAAAAAAAGAUUUGUUCUGUCGGUUUGUCUAAACUACUGACAGAAUGCUCAGCAUUUCAGGAUGAAAAUUAUGCCAGACUCUGGCCUCCUCUGCUUCAAGCUGUUAUUGGAUUAUUUGAACUUCCUGAAGAUGACUCAGUACCUGACGAUGAACAUUUUAUUGAAGUUGAAGAAACUCCAGGUUAUCAGACUGCUUACUCUCAACUUGCAUUUGCAAGCAAGAAAAGUGAAGAUCCGGUGAAAGUGGACAAUCCUAAAGUAUACCUUGCGCAAUGUUUAGCUUCGUUUUCAAAGAAUUGCCCUGGCAAGGUUCCGAACAUGGUCAACUACCUGAACCCAGAUGCCAAGACCUUUUUACAGCAAUACAUGGCAGCAGCCAACGUUCAAAUUUCUUAAUACUGAAACAUUUAAAUUUGCCUGUUUCUUACUGCCUGUGCCAGUUCAAUCUACCCUUCCACCAAGUGUGGGCUAAAGAUGAUUGCAGAUUAAUCAUACUUGUCAUCGAAUGCCCAUGCUUGGUAGGAGUUCAAGUUUCAUUUCAUUUGUAAGAAUUUCCAUAUGUGACAUAUAAUCAUAUUGUGGCACGGAGUUGAUACCGUUUGUCGUGGCACUGAAACUGUGCCAUUAUGUUUAAUAUUUUCGUACAGCUGUGAAUAAACAAUUGCAUUUAUCAAAA